GUUUUACAGCCCAGCUUACGCAGAUCGACAAGAGCUCGCCUACAACUGAGUGCGUAUCAGAGCUCGGCCAGAUUUUGCGUUGAAAAAAAAUGACAAAAUAAGUUCCAAGGCGAACCAUGAGUACCCGAAGUCGCCGCGGUCAGUCCAACAGCAACUUGCCAGGGCCUACUCCUGGGGGCAGGCAGAACUCCAAGCCCCGCAGAAGAGGUGCCUCCUCAUCCAUAGAUGAAGUCGAGGCCAAGGGUGGGGUCUGCGAGCUGGACCCCGUUGGUGUGAUGGAAGAGGAGGGGGUUGGGCCACCCAGUGCCAAGAAACCACGUCCUGCUGUUGCUGCGGAGACCGGAAAACCUGGCAGUAAUAGACAAGUGAAGUUAACAAGACAGGAAGGUCAAGACACACCAGAAACAGAUGACCCAGAACCAAAAUCGACACCAUCUAGCAGCCGUCCACCGUCUAGCCUCAGUGUCAGCACAACACAGUCAAGCGCCUGUCCGACGCCUACCCCACCCCCUGUGGCACCCCCUGUGGUUAAUCGAACUGUAUCACUCGAUAAUUUGGAUACCCAAUCGGGAGCAGACAGAAAUGUUAUGAAGUCACCUUAUGAUGAUGAUGUUAAAAGGAACAUUGCUAAGCCACCGAAGAAGCGUAGAGCUAUUGAUGAUAUUGAACAGGAAAGUGCUAAACGCCCAACCAUUGAUUUUUAUGAAUGGUUAAAUCAAAGAGUCCUUGCCAAGAAAAAUCAGGUUUUUCAAUCCGGUGUUAUAAAAAACGUUCAACAAAAUCGAAGCGUUGGUGUUUUGUUUGAUGGCGAUAAAGACAUUAACUACUUCAGUGACGUAUUGGACAUUAACAAUUGUGUGAUCAUCAGUGAUACCCCUCCGGCAAUAAUGAUCUCAAUCGGCUGUAACGUUUGCGUUCGCACAAGCCCAGAGCACAACAUGUUCUAUGAGGGGCAGGUUAUCGAGCGGAAAGUCCAGCAGCAGUAUCGAGUAAGGAUUACACAUACUCACCUAGCAGGACAGGAAGUGCAGGUUUCUCGAGCAUCUUUACGACUUCUUCAGCCUCCUUGGCAUGAAGAUUUGGAGGAUCCGUUGCCUGAGCAACCAACACCACCAAUGCCAAUGACGCCUACAACGCCACAGACAACAUAUCAGUACCCACAUCUACAGCAGCAAGGGCCCACCAACCUGUCCCAAGGCGGGAUGAACAUGCCCCAACCACACACCCCUGUUCUUACACACAAUCAGCCCCACCCAUCACUGUUACCAGGGCAACCAGGUCACUACAGUUUUCAUGCUGAGCCAACCCACUCACCACGCUUCAUUGAACAUUCCUUGUCAGUUCCACAAAGUGCUAGCAUGGAGAGAGAAUCUUCGGACGAUGAAAUGCGUAGUGAAGAGGUUUACUUUGAUUCCUCAGGCUCGCGAUCAGGAAGUGCGACCCCUGGAUCAAGGUCAGGACAAAGUUUGAGUGAUUCUAAAAAUAGAAAUAGACUGAAAAACCGAGAUUUGGUGCGCAGCAGAAGUGCUCAGUCGUGUGAAAGCAGUAGUAGAUCCAGUACUCCUCGAUCACCGACAACGAAUAUGAAGUACAAAAAAGGAGAUGUGGUUUCCACUCCGAGUGGAAUUCGUAAAAAGUUUAAUGGGAAACAAUGGCGGAGACUGUGUUCUAAGGAUGGCUGUACAAAAGAAUCUCAGCGGCGUGGAUUUUGCUCUAGGCAUCUGUCCUCAUCUGGUAAAGUUCAAAGAUCAGCGCCGCCCUUUGGUAGCAUGGUGAUAAAGGGAGAUAUGAAAGAUGGUAUGUUGGAAUGGAAUGACCCUCAGAGUUCGAGAGACACUGAUUAUGACCCCAAUCAUGGCAUUGAUGAAACAGAGGCAGCUAACAUGUUAGUUUCUCUUGGGAAUUCUCGAUCCACCACUCCGGCCUUUUCUCCUACCAAUAGUUUAGGAUCAGUGUCGUCACCAAGGAAACGACACCUAUCGUCACCACAAAGUAACCAGGCUUUACGAGCUGCCUUUACGCCAAUUUCUCCGCACCCCAAUCCAAAUCCCUACAUGGCAUCUCCAACUAGAAGUUGGAGCUCUGGUGGGAACUCAAAUAAAUCAGGAAGUUCUUCUUCGGAACAUAUUUCUCCAAUUACACCAAGAUUUCAACAACAAAACGCUGGGAACAACUCUGCUUUUCAACAUCCCUCCCAAAUUCGAGCACCUAACUUAGCUCUGAUAAAUAAGGAAUUAUUGAAAAGUAAUGAUUCUGGUAUUGACGUGAACACACCAAAACACCCAAUAAAGUCUGUCCCCUCUUCACCAUUACCAAAUCAAGGCUAUGUUAGCAAUCAACUUUAUGGAUCAGCAAUCCAGCAGCAUCUCAAUUUACAGCAAAAUCAACUGGUUCGAGCUGGAAGCUUAUCAUCAAACCUAGACCAACACCCAGUUGAAAUUAAAUCUCGUGCUAGUACCCAAAGUCUCUCAGACCUUAGAGGCGCAGGUGGGACGAUUACCAUCGAUGCUCGUCUGAUACCACUCAUGCCUCAACCUCAUAAUGGCCACAAAGAUCAGCUGCCCAUUAAUCAAGAAGCAUCGAUGUACGGUAGGGUGCAGCCUCCUCAGAUGAGCAAGCAAAUGCCAGCUGGGGCCUCACUCUAUCCUGUUAUGAAUCCAACAGCCCCAGAACAAAGGAAAAGUGAACUGAUCAAGCAACCAAUUAUGAAGGAGGCGAAGCAGUUACCAGUAUUUCAAUGGCACAGUGUGGUCCCAUAUUUCAACAUCACACGCCCCACGCCGGAGCAGAAGCCUCAUCCCCAACCCGCCCCCAUCGAGACAAAGGCCGCCAAGAAAGUGGUCACCCUUCCGCCAAAACGUACUGCCAUACAUCAGAGUAUCUCUGAUAACAUGGUUCUCAAAGAUGAUGAUGAUGAUCUACCAGAUGCUGACUAUGACGACGACGAUGUGUUUGAUAUUAAAGAUGAUGUAGACUCGACGGAUACAAAACCCGGCCUGACUGCUAAACGACGCUCUCAGUCACUGAGUGCUUUAAAAGAUAAAGAAGAAAGAAGUCCUAGAAAGGGCAAAGACAAGGACCACAUUCGUCGCCCAAUGAAUGCGUUCAUGAUAUUCAGUAAGCGUCAUCGCCCUAUGGUCCACCAGCGACACCCCAAUCAAGACAACCGGACCGUGUCGAAGAUUCUUGGUGAAUGGUGGUACGCACUCGGUGCUGAGGAGAAACAGAAAUACCACGAUCUUGCUCACCAGGUCAAGGAAGCCCACUUCAAGGCUCAUCCAGAGUGGAAAUGGUGCUCCAGGGAUCGUAAACGGUCAAGCACUAUUGCCAACACAUUGAAACAGCGCUCAAACAGUCAGAGGCUGGGAUCUACUGACAUUGGAGAUGAAGAAGUAGCUGAUGCAGUGGUAGAUGUGGGGGCACCUCUAGAAGAUGAUGCUUUUGAACUCGAGCCUGAAAACAAGGCCCCAGUGGCAAGAUUGAGCCCAAGGGUGGGGUUAAGCCCAGGGUCGGGGCUAAGUCUGUUUGAUCUGAAUAAGGGACGUAGUCAGAGCCUGUCUGCUUUUCCGCCCCGGGAUGGAGAAAGUCAGGAGUUUAACGAGUUCAAGUCCAAAUUGGAAAAAGCCCAGGAGAGCUUAGCUAGGGAGAGAAUAGGAAGUGGAGAGAAGAAUUCUGGGAAACCCUCUGUUAGCAUUGCAACUACCCCGCACCAAAUCCAAGAUGGCGGACAGGAUGAGGGAAGCAGUGACGAUGAAAAAAUGGUCAUCUGUGAGAACAUUAAAUCUCAGGAUAACGACAAAACUUCUGAUGCAGACGGCAUAGAUCUGAACUGCCGCGAACAUGUGAGUGACAGCGAGACAGACAGUACGCCAGAAGAUGACAUGAUUGAAAACAAGGUAUUUCCACAACAACGAUUCUCCCCAGUUAUGAAACCGAUUGGCUCAUCUGAUAUAACCUAUCGACCCAAGCCGAUUAAGCAUGUUCCAGGCUCAGGAAAGGCGGGGCCUAACAGCCCAGUGGGUGUGUCUGCUGGUCAGACAACUUUGAGCGACAGGUCAAUUCCACGCCCAUCCAGUAAUGGUUCAAACUUCCAGCCCACUGGGGCAGUGUUUAAAGCCAAAGCUAAACAAGGUAGAGGCUUGUCGACGGGGAGCGUACAAGAUUUACGGUCAAGCUACAUAGAACAGCACUUGUUUGGAAAUCAACGGGGAGAGAGCGUAUCCUCAACUCGUGCCAUAGCUCAUCCGAUGAAGCUUCACAAAAUUACAAUGGCGACAGAUAGUGAUCAAAAGAUAAUUAUGUCAUCAAACACAGAAACUGCAUUUGGGAAUGGACAAGGAGCUAUAAUGGGAAAGUUCUCUCAAAAACCUGCAUUCAAACAGCAAGCAACUCCUCAACAACAAUUGAAUACCAUAAAGUCUACGCCAUCUAUUCUACAACAAACGCUUCAAAUUGGGACUCAAAAUACUAGACCAGUGGCCACAUCAAACUUUCAGUUUGUUGGAUCACAACAUCAACAAUUUGCUGCACACCAACAACAGCAGCAACAACAACAGCAUCAUCAACAGCACCAACAUCAGCAGCAGCAGCAACAACAGCAGCAACAACAGCAGCAGCAACAUCAGCAGCAGCAGCAACAACAACUGCAGCAGCAGCAACAGCAGAUCUUUAGUCGAAACAGCUUAAUUCCAACAUAUUCUACGACAGAAAAACCAAUAUCAGCUGCAGGCCUUACUCCAACUUUACAACAACAUACAUCUUUUGGCCAUUUCAGUACCUCAACUGCAACUACAAAUGUUCAACAAGCACAAGCUAUCCUUCCCAAUUCCUCUUCAGCUGGUUUGAAGAACGUCGGAGGUACAAUAGUUCUACAAGGAAUUCCUGCUUCACAAUAUGGCAUGAUAAUUGGUUCCCAGCCCUUGGCAUCCCCGACUGUUUCCAAACCGACAGUUCUUGCUGUCACAGGAAACAACCAAUAUAUAAAUACUUCCUUACACAAUAUGGUCACUUCCAUGCAGUCUUCUGGUCAAGCCACACCUACUUAUUCAAUGGCACCACCUACAAUGCUAACAAAUUUGAUAAUCAAACCUGGACAAGGCAAUCAAGUUUUGCAACCUGCCCUGAAUUCCCCAUCACCUGGGCAGACAGUCAAUCAUAAUUUUAAUCAGUCAAUACAGCCGACCCAUGUCCAGUACAUUCUGCCAUCAAUAAGAAUGCAGUCGCCACAGCCGGGAACGAAAAUUCAGAACCAUGUGAUCCAAAUGGCGUUGCCUGGUUCCCAGCUUCCUCAGGGCAGUAUUCAGCUCACGUUUACUGGGAACCAGUCAAAUUCUCCUGCACAUUCAAUGGGGCAAGUUCAACAAUUGCAAGUUUCACCUCAACAGGUCCAAACUGGGAAAAUGCAAUUGCCAUCUGGCUUCAAGGUUGUGCCAAGUCCCAUUAAGCAACAGCCAUCCCCUGCGGCAUCGCCACAGCUGAACACAACACCACAGACGAUUCAAGUUAUCAGUCAAAACAUGCCUAACAACAAGCAGACAGUCGCCCAAUAUUUGGUUAACCAGUCGCCUGGUCUCUUGGCAACCUCUCAUCAGCAACUGCAGAUACAACCGGCAUCCAUCAGUCAAGGGAUCGUCUCCAGACAGAGUUCUCAAUUGCAGCACCAGUUACCGACGGUCCAGCAGGUACAAGCUAUUCAGCCUCAGCAGCAUCUUCAAUCAAUCCAGCAAGCCCUUCAACAGCCCAUCCAGCACCACGGUAGUGUGCAACCCCUCCAGCAUAGUGGUGUGCAGCCUCUUCAGCAUGGUGGGGCACAGGCUUUACAGCAUGCUCUGGACAGUCCUGCUCCCUAUGGUCAAGCGCAUCAUGUUCAAGUUAAUCAGCAUCAGCAGCGUGUGAUUCUUCCGUCAACUCAAAAACUGGCAUAUGUUCAACCUACAAGUGGAGCCAUGGCCUCCCCUGGUUUAAGGGGAGCUUCAUCCCCGGCACCGGCCUACAUCCAAUAUGUUGGCUCUGUUCAGGGUCAAUCUGGGUCUGUCCAGCAAGUCCUGAUUCAGCCAAGCCCAUCCCGCCCAACUUCAGCUGGGUCUGUAGGGGUCAGCCCCUCCACCCAGCCCCAGAUUGCCCCCAAACCUGCCACACUGGUCAGCAAGACGGGGGCCAGCCCACCACAGAGCCAACAUCAGCAGAUGUACUACCAGGGAGUUAUGAACCUAAAGAACCAGAGCUACGUGACAAUGGCAUCAGACAUGAAGGGUGAUAUUGGGUACAUUACAAGUCCUAACCUUCAGCCUAAACCACAGAAGGUCAAGGCUGCCAUUGCUAGUAUUCCUGUUGGCACAGAGAGCAUGCAGAAUCGUACCAUACAACCAACUGGAAUGACCAAUCAAAUGGCUUCUCCUGCUUCUCUGCUUUCUCCUGCAAGAACUUCUCCUUCUCGAUCAAUGAGAGAGCAGGGAUUGGACCACAGGCCACAACGGCCUUCCCCAUUGGUUCUCUCACCUGCACCUCAGUCAAUUGGAAAACAACUUUCAGAAACCGCUGAAGAUCAAAGGUCAGAAGAGCAGGAAAUGUCACAACAUGAGGCCCAAGAAGGGGCAGGCAGAGGAUCCCAGAGGCCAGGCAGAGGGCAACGAUACAAGGAUUUUAUUGCUGAAAAUGGCAUUAAAUCAUUCAAAAGAGACAGAAAGGUUUACUCAAGCAAAUCCAGCACACAGGGAGACUCCGGUGAUGAUAAGAGUGCACCCACAUCAACAGAAUAUACAAGCACUUCUGUGACCCAGAUCACCGUUACUGGGCCUGAGGAAUCUGAGUCACAUGAUGGCUUUAUGCUCUCUCCACCCCCAUCUGCUGGGGAGCGUGUAAAACACAAGCCCCCACCUCUUCCGUCGCCUGUGUCUCUCAAUGUACCCAGUCCCCUACCAUCGCCAGGUGUAAGCAGUCCACGGAAAACACUCUUCAAGAAAAAUAUAGACGACGGCAUGGACAAGGUGCUAGAUGAUGUGAACUUUGAAGAGCGAUUCUCAAAACUGCCCCAGUUUAACCCAGAGACAUCAGAUUCCAGCACCCCUCUACCACAGAGUCCAAGGGGCCUCAUUGUCAGUUAUAAGAAGAGACGGACCAACAAAAUAUCAUCUUUAGCCAAGCAGGAUGGUGGAGAAGACCAGUUAUCGGACAAUCCCCCUACCCCACAGACCAACUCACAUCCUCCCACCCCUCAUACACACUCUCAUCCACACACCCCCCAUACACACUCACAUCCCCCCACCCCCCAUGGGCACUCUCACACACCCACCCCAAAAACACCCCGCAGUGCAAGAUUCGAGGAUAACCAGUUCUUUGGGAAGACAUUUAGUCUCGACACGCUAGCUGAUGCAGCUAUUUCUAGACCAGGACUUGGCACUGCACUCCCAAGUGGUACAGGAAUCCCCAGUGGGACAAGCCUUCCAAGCGGUGCUGGCCUUACUGGAGGUACCCCUGGAAUGACGGUCACUCCAGGCCUUCUAUUAGGAGCGGGCCUCAGUAAUUCUGAAAUGUUUGGGGAAGGAGACCUAAACUCGCCUCGCACCCCCAAAACCCCUAGUUCCCCGAGCCAGUUUUCCUCCCUUCGGAGAAUACUGGACCAGCGGCGUAACCUGGUGAUGCAGCUGUUUGAAGAACAUGGGCUCUUUCCUUCUGCACAAGCGACUACUGCUUUCCAAGAGAGAUACAAAGAUUUCUUCCCAAACAAGCAAUGUCUCCAGCUAAAGAUUCGGGAGGUUCGCCAGAAAAUGAUGGCCCAGUCUGCUGCACAAGAAGCAGCUAAUCUCAGUCAUCCAGGUGAUAGGAACAACGGACCUGACACUCCUGGAGCCAGUCAACGCGAGGGGGCUGGACAGAACAAUGGCGAUGGCGACCAGUCUAAUGAUAAAAAUUAACUGAAUGGCGUAAUAAUACCAGUGAGAUGGACAGAACAGCAAAACUCGGUGAUAUAAACUCGGUGAAUGACAAAUGAGAGGUUCUAAUGAAUUGCAAAACUGUUAACCAGUCUAUAGAGAAAUUUGUUUACCAGUCUUAGAAGAUUACUGUUAACAAGUCUGAAGAGAAUUAUGCCACCAGUCUAAGGUGGAUUCUUAAGAGAACUCAGUUUAAGGAUAAUUUUACUGCAUUAAAAAAUACAAGGAGUGUUGCAAAGCAGCUUGAAUGGUUUCCAUUUAAAUGUAAAAAUUAGUAUAUGUUAAUGCCAAGAUGUAAGCGAAGAUGAAAUUGGUCUUACCAAAAUGAUGAUGUUAGUUUGUUGAAAUGAAUGAAACUGAAAAAUGGGCUUAUUAGUAACAUUGAUACCAUUCAUCAUAGGUUUUGGAUGCUCAUCAGUUUUGUGACAUUAUAUAUUUAAUACAUUACAAUGUCUGGUGCAUUGCAUUUAAGAGGUUAUUUCAAGUAAGAUGACAGAAAAUCCAAUUCUUCAUUUUUAAGAAUUCAUAAGACCAUUGAAUUUUUUUACUAAUUCUGAACAUGAACACGGUUUCCGUCUGAUGUCCGAUUUAAAAUCAAUAAUUCCGGUACAGACAUAAAAGACCUGUAUCUUGGAUAAGCAGUAGAAUAUAUUAUUAUGGACAUAGGAUGGCCUUUAAGUUCUUAUUGUGCUAUUAAAGUUAUGUUCUGACUUACUUGUACCACCUAACUUGUGCUAACGACAAAAUGAAUUUCGUUAAAAGUAACAUAAAAAUUAUUGACUUAUAAUAGCAGAACUUUGGUUUAACUGAAAUUGUUGGCAAAACUAUUUUUAUUGCUCGGAGAUAUUUUUUCCCAUUUAAUACAUGAUCUCAUACAAUUCAGGUUGUUAUUUUUCUUCUUCUGUCAUUUACCACAUCCCUAUCAUCGAAUGUUGUAUUGAAUCUUACAAUUGAAAUCAUGUGAAUUUUGAUGUACAAUGUAUAUACAUGUAUAUUGUGCUUGUGUACUCUUCUGGCAUACAUGUUGUUUAUUGUGGAAUAUUUUAAUCUCGUUUGUUUUCCAAGAUAUAAAGACGAGGUAUUGUCAUAGUCUUGGAAUCAUUGGUGUUGUCUAUAUCCUGGAUAAGAGAACCUUUAACCUUGGCGAUAACUCAAAAUAUUUUCAUGAUAUUCAAAUGUAUCUUUAUAUAAAAACAAAACACACUUGUAAAGCAACUCCCCUUACAAGAUGCAUGUGUGAAGCAACUCCCGUAACAAAAUGCAUGUGUAAAGCAACUCCCGUAACAAAAUGCAUGUGUAAAGCAACUCCAACUCCCGUAACAAAAUGCAUGUGUAAAGCAACUCCCGUAACAAGAUGCAUGUGUAAAGCAACUCCCGUUACAAGAUGCAUGUGUAAAGCAACUCCCGUAACAAGAUGCAUGUGUUAAGCAACUCCCGUAACAAAAUGCAUGUGUAAAGCAACUCCCGUUACAAAAUGCAUGUGUAAAGCAACUCCCGUAACAAAAUGCAUGUGUAAAGCAACUCCCGUUACAAAAUGCAUGUGUAAAGCAACUCCCGUUACAAAAUGCAUGUGUAAAGCAACUCCCGUUACAAGAUGCAUGUGUAAAGCAACUCCCGUUACAAAAUGCAUGUGUAAAGCAACUCCCGUUACAAAAUGCAUGUGUUAAGCAACUCCCGUUACAAGAUGCAUGUGUAAAGCAACUCCCGUUACAAAAUGCAUGUGUAAAGCAACUCCCGUUACAAGAUGCAUGUGUAAAGCAACUCCCGUUACAAAAUGCAUGUGUAAAGCAACUCCCGUAACAAGAUGCAUGUGUAAAGCAACUCCCGUUACAAGAUGCAUGUGUUAAGCAACUCCCGUAACAAAAUGCAUGUGUAAAGCAACCCCCGUUACAAGAUGCAUGUGUAAAGCAACUCCUGUAACAAAAUGCAUGUGUAAAGCAACUCCCGUUACAAGAUGCAUGUGUAAAGCAACUCCUGUAACAAUGCAUGUGUAAAGCAACUCCGGUAACAAAGCACACAUGUAUAACAACCUCUGUAAUUCUGGUUUGAAUAAUUGUUAAGUUAUGCCCCUUUAUUGACUGAGAACAACGGAUGAGCUCUUGUUCUAGAUUUGGGACAUAUAAAAUAAAACGGCCUUGUUUUUAUUGAUUUCAAAAUAAUAGUGUGCAAAGAAUUUAUACUCUUAAAUGAUGCAAAUAACCCUAAAACGGUUUAAAUCCACCUCUGAAGAAUAUUUGCGAUGAAAAACUGUUUUAUUUUGUUGAAUGUGAAGUAAAUGAUUACUCUUAAAAUGAACAAAAUAUGGAAUAGGUACAGAACAUACAAAAAAUGUACCCUGUUUAAUCUUACCUUUGUUACAUAAUUCUGUAGCAGUACCAUAUGAACAUUAAAAAAAUGGCAUUAUAUGUAAAUAGAUUCAUUGUAAUUAACAUCAUUAUCCUUCAUGUUUUUGUACAUAAGAAAUUCUAUUUUUAAAUGUUCAUCCGACUAUCACAUUUUAUAUCACUAUCGCUUUUUCAAGGACAUGUUUUUUAAAACAUACUUGUAUAGAUUUUUUUCCAUAUUUAUACAGAAAUGUUUAUAGAUUAACUAUUUGUUAAAAGACGUAAUAUUUACAGAAAAAUGUAUUAUGUUAAAUGUUAAUGCAUUGUUAUGAAUUGUUUAAUAGACUGGUAAAAAUCAGUCAUUAUUUUUGCUUUACUGAACGACUCUAUAUGACAUUUAAACACUUGGCAGGAAAUAGGUGUAACUCUAUAGAAAUAUAGCAGGUAUGUCCAUCUCCGCUAAGCUCUCACAGUGUUGAUGCGAAUGUCUCCAUGUUAAGCGCAGCACAUUCAAUAUUAAGAAGUGCUAUAUAUACAACAUAAUGAAAUCAAUUAAUGAAUAAAUGGAUUUUUAUAUUGCUCUGCCAAAAUAGUUAUAUUGCUUGUUGUAUUGCUACUAAAGAUUGUUUGAAAAGGGAAAUAUGUAAUAGUUGAUGUAAAUAAUCCUGUUCCAUUACUGUUAAUGAAAAACAUAAAUAGCGAUCACACUUUCACAUAUCUUAAGGCAUUAUGUUCUCCAAUUUUAAUAUUUGUGAACAAAGAUUACAGUUAUUUGAUAAAAAAGUAUUUCUGGUUUAAUACUGCAUAACAUUUUAAGUGGUUCUAUUUGGGAUAUCAUGCUAUGAUAGGAUUCCUACGGAGUGCAGAUAUUUCCUUUCAUUUCUAGAAUUUCUGAGUAUACAUUAUUAUACAGUCCAAUACCUAUUAUCUAUAAGGCAAACAGUUCUGGGCUAAGUAAAGAAAAGAAAAAAAUCUUUUUUUGUAGGUAUUUUGAAAGACCACAACAGUUUGAUUCUAUGCUCAGAGGCGGGUUUCAUCUGAAGAACCUACCUAUCGGCAGGAAAAAAACUAAAGUGCCUUGAUUUUUUUAGUUUUCUUAGAAGACAGGCACUUAGCAGAAUUUACCAUAAAAUAUAGUGAUCAAUUUAUAUGAAUUUGUAGGGGUCCAUAUGAUAUCUGACAAGAAAUUUAAUUUUUCACAGUAAAAAUAAUUUACAGGGACUAUUGCUCCUUAAAUUGUAUUUUUUAAAUGUAUUUUGAAAGACAGAAACCUACCCGCCCAAUCACGCUAAGCCUAGAGUCAAUUUGACAUGGCUUAAGCGGUCUAUUACAAAUUCUACAUUGCAUUAAAUUUUGCUGAGUCCUUGUUUGAUUUUUUAAGUUCAACUAUUUUUUAAAAGUCUUUGAUGAUGACCUAUGUUUUAUAUACAAUUAUGUUAAUCUCAAAUGCUGCAGAUUUUUUAAUGAAUUUAGAAAAAACAGCCACGGAGAAAUGUUAUGACCAUGAAAUAAUAUGAAUUCAUAGAUCUUGUGAUGUAUAUACUCGUUUUACAUGUAGAAUAUGUAAUAUACUAUGAAUAUCUGUAUAUAUCUUUUUAGUGCAAUGAAAAUGAUUGUUGAUGUUGAUAGAUAUUAUUUUAGCCUGUCUUUGUUAAUGGUUUAUUUCUUCUACAUAUAGACAUAUUUGAUGAUCAAAUAUACGUCUUGUGAAAGUCAU